UUGACCUCAGAAGUGGGUGGGUGGGUGUUUGGGAGCGCGGCGUCUGCAGCAUAAUUAAAACAUGGCGGACUCGGAGGAAUUUAGACUUAAACGAUUAAAGCAUGAGGAGCGACUGUCCAGAGUGUUUGACGAAGUGAUGGGGCUUGGAGAUUUUGCUGACUCCUCCAGGGGCUCUGCCACGUCUUCCAGGAGCGGUGGUCAAGACGAGACAAAGGAAGCAGACAAAACUUCAGGACCAGGGGAAGACCAGCAGAUAGAAGAAGAGCAUAGCAACGGCAGCAGACAAGAAGAAAAGAUGGAUGAAGGGAUGGGAGAGCCAUCCUUUCCUCGCAUAUCAUCCCCUUCCUCUGACCGACACUCCUCGUUUACCAUGGGAACCAAUGAAGGAGGAGGACGAGGUGGACGAAGUGGAGGGGCAGCAUUUGAUGAUGCAGUGGAUGGCCUGGAAGAUGAUGAAGACUGGCACUUUGCCCUGCCAAUGGGCAGCCUGGAGGGCGUGGGUAAGGGAAACAAAAAACAGCCAGAAGCAGGGAACAGUGUAACUCAAGAGGAUCCUUUUGCUCAUCAGCCCAGAGAGGAAGAGGAGGAACCAGAAAGGGAAGGGAGCAGUGAGUCUGCUAACACCUCCCACUCCUCCCAGGACCACACACCUGACAACAGCCAAGGUUCUGCUGAAAGGCCAAACAGCAUUCCAAAGAAAAGGUUCGACGCAGCUCUUCUGUUCCACAGUUUGUCUGACUGGUCAUCUGCCCCCAGCUAACAAGAACCGAUCCUGUUUCCAGUGCAACAGGGAGAUUCUUCAGCCCAGGGACAUGAUCACAAUUCCAGCAGACGACAGCACCUUCAUGCACUUUUGUGGACAGUUCUGUCUGUCGGUCUUUAGACACAAGAAAAAACAUUCUGACAAGAUUCCUGACAAACGACUGGAGAGGAAGCCUGAGAAGCUGCCUGAGAAACCAGCGGAGCGACAGCCUGAAAAACCCUUUUGCAGUGUCUGCAAAGUCUCUAAUAGAGUGAUUGAGCACGAGGUCACCCAUCAAGGUCGUCUGCACAGACUCUGUAGUGACGCUUGUUUUGUAACAUGGCGCAAGAUACGGCAGUUAGCCAUGAACUGCUGUGAAGGCUGUGGACUUUACUGUAAUAGUAAUUCAGGCUCCUGUCAGACACUCACAAUUGACAGAUCUCAGCUCAACUUCUGUGGUCCUACCUGUAUUGGCACCUUCAAACAGACCUGCAGAAAGAUGAUUGAGUGUGCCUACUGUCACAAGAUGGCAAUAGUGUCAUCCACCAUCAUGGAACGAGACCAAAAGGGCAAAGUUCAGCUUUACUGUUCAUCUGCUUGUGUGGAACAGAGUCGACCCCCCCGUCACAUUCUCACUGGUACCGAAUUCCCCUGCUGCCUGUGCAAGGUGUUAGCUGUUCCUCAGUAUCAUCUGGCCAUGGUGGACGGCACCAUUCGUAACUUCUGCUCCUACGACUGUGUUUCUAUAUACAGGAAGUCUGGGCACACCUCUCAACCAGACCUGAUCAAUGGAACCUCCGCUCUCAGGGACCCCUCCCUCAGAGAUGCCCCCAAACCGGGGCCCUCUGCAGGAGCCAGCUCCGUCCCUCCCAUCCCUCAGGACUACACGUCUUCAGUCCCCUAUCCGGGCCACCAUCACAGUCAUACCUCAGUGCCCCCGUUGGUGCCUCCCUAUCCAGCCAUGUCCUCCCCUUCUGUCCCAGGGCAAACCCAGGCCAGAGCACCUGCUGGUCAGACCCUGAAACCAGCAGACGGCGGGCCCAAUGACCCCUCCAAGCUGACCUGCCAUCAGUGCUUCAAACUAUUCAAUAUCAAGCCGCUGCUAUUUAGUCACCAAGGUCGUAUUUCUAUGUUCUGCAGUAGGACGUGCUGUGAGCAGUAUAAAACCCAAAAGAAUAUCCUGGUGAUGUGUGAGGGUUGUAAACAGGAGAAAGUGCUCUUUGACACCAUCAGCUACAAUCAACAGGACCUGGUCUUCUGCAGUGAAAGUUGUAAGCUACUCUUCAAACAUGACCUGACAUCUCGUAACAAGGAUCAUCCCUGGCGCCCCUGCACCUACUGCUCCGGCAUCAGCCAGAAGAUGCUGCACAGCCACUAUGGAGGCAGGAUGGAGGAGUUCUGUAAACCCCACUGCAUGUCCCAGUACACUGUACUCUACUAUGGGAUGGGGAGAUGCGACAGUUGUCGGAAACAGGGCUACAUGACCGAAAAACUGCAGUGUUUGGGUUCAGUCCGUAAUUUCUGCAACCUGCCCUGCCUGCUGCAGUACUGCUACCUGCAUUUUGAGACGAGCCAACACACCAGCAGUAACGGUACUGGAACGGCCCCACAAACACCAUAUGCUCCAACCCAGCCCCAUCAUUCCUCAAAGAUGAAUCCUGUCAUAGCUGAUGUGGUGUCACUGGCCAAUGGCUCUGCCACUCAGCCCAGUGUGUCGGCAGAUACUGCUCUGACUGGAGCACUUCCGACCUCCAAUGUUGAUGGCAAGAACCUAGAUCAUGCCAGUACUCAGACUGACGCCAUGCGAGUGCCUGUGUCCCGUCGUCGUCAAAUGAAGAACAAGUCAGUUCUGUGUCGGCCCUUCACUAUGGACCAAGAGAGCAUGUGCCAGCUGCCCGCACCUUCCACUGAAUCAGCAGCUCUGUCUCUGCCCUCAGUUAGCUUCUCAGCAGGAGAGGAGAAUGUGAAGGUGUUAAUGGUGCCCAUCCCAGUACCAGUCUUCAUUCCAGUGCCUAUGAACAUGUACUCCCAGCACACACCUGUUCCUAUGGCUAUGCCUGUGCCUGUUCCAGUACCCAUGGUAGUACCACCACAGAACAAAGAGAUGAAAGACGCAGCAGUCCAAUCAGAGCCUUGGACUAUGAAGGAAGAAAAACUGAAAGAUGGGUCUGUUUCCAGUGCAGACCAAAGCAGUUGUUACAGUGUAGACCUGAAGUCAGACGUGGUCACUCCAAUAGUCCGUGAAAAUGAGAAGACUGAAAAACCGGUUCAAGCUGACCUGCCAGUUACUGUAAGUUCAGAGAAGAGCACAGAGUCAGCUGAUCCACAACUUAAUACGCAGUCAGAGGAGAGCGCCAUGACAAGCGACCCACCUACCACCAGCGGCGAGCAUCAACCUCCCUCCUCUCCAAUGAUGGACUUGGAGACUGACUUCCCGUCUGAAUCAUUGGAUCAGAAGCCAUCUGCUCCUCAGCGUGGAGUGAAGAGACCCAGAGAAGAUUUCUCUGGCCGGAAACGGGGUCGAAGGCGAACUGGUACAGUGGACCGCAGUGCAGUGGUGACUCCAGCUGUCUCCAAACUGAACCACCUGUAUGGGGUGAAGGCCUGGAGGACCUGGGUCCAACAACGGAACAAACAACUGAGAGAAUCCAGUCCAGUGGAUAUUAAAGAAGACGUCCUUCAGUGUAACUCUGCUGAGCUGAGCUUAGCUCUGACUCGCUUCAUUAGGGAAGUGAGACGGCCCAAUGGAGAGACCUACAGCCCAGACAGCAUCUUCUACCUCUGUCUGGGGAUACAGCAGUACUUGUUCAUGAAGGGCCGCAUAGAGAACAUCUUUACUGACGAGCUGUACAGUCAGUUUGCUGCUGAGAUCACCAGGAUGCUGCGACUCUGGAGACCUAAACUACUACCCAGUGGUGGUGUUGUUUCCUCCCGUGUUGUGGAGUCCUUUCUGUGGGAGUGUAAACAGCUGGGCGCCUACUCUCCAAUAGUGUUGCUCAACACGCUGCUCUUCUUCUGCACCAAGAACUUCCGCUUCACCACGCUGGCGCAGCACCAAAGCCUCUCCUUUACCAACUUCAGCCGAUGCUCCAAACCCUGCAGCCGAGGCGGCAAAGCCCACUACCUCCGAUACCAGAGAAGUAGCACUGCUACGCCACGCCGAGAGGACACAGAGCGGUUGAGAAAAAGGCAGGCAGAGGAAGAGGGAAACCUGGAGAUGCUUGAAAAUGUCACCAACCCUCUGCACUGCCCUGUCAGACUCUACGAGUUCUACCUCUCUAGAUGCCCAGAGUCGGUGAAGAUGAGAACCGACAUGUUUUACCUCCAGCCUGAACAGAAUGUGCACACACACAGUUCCCACUGGUACACUUCUCAACCAUUAGAGGGCACCACUCUACAAAGCAUGCUCACACGCAUCUUGGCCGUCAGAGAGGUUCACCAGGAGCAGUUAGCAGCCCAGCGUCAGUCCUCAGCCACUGCAGAUGAUGACAGUUUACAGUGAUAUGGAGCUCUGCUCAUUCACAUCCUGCUUAUGAUCUUCACUGCAACAGAAACCUUCUCUGAUGCCAAACACUUGACAGUGAAGUAAAGCUGUACCUACGGCCAUCAGUCAGACUGAGGCUGACAGGUCUUUGAAACAGGGAUACAGAACAAAGAGACACAGUGAAAGUGUUAAAGUGUGAGAUAAUUACACUGUAUUUUGUUACCCGAGUUACCAUCUCCUCGCCACAUAAAUGCAUAAUGAGUUUACAAACAUCAGAUACUCAGAAAUAUGAAAAAGGGAGUGUUGCAGAGUACAUUGUUAACACAGUCUUCUAUUCUCGCCAUUGUCACACCAGAGUGAUACAUAUCACAUAUGUGGCAGGUUUAUAUACUACCAGUAACAGCUCGUGCCAAGCCUGUCAGAUGUACCUUUAUUUCUGCAAUAUUAGACCGGUGUGAGCAGCAGAUUGUUUACAUCCAUCAGGCACAGUCAGAUCCGUUCAUUAAGGGGUUUAAAUGUGCUGCUUUAUUGUCGUUUCCCCCCUCUGCAUCAGCACAUUGUAAUACGGAGAGUAUUUACUUGUACAGAGUUUUAAAGGCUGAUACUGGUAUGUGAGUGUUGAAACUGCCUCUUGCGCUUUUCAAUUUCACCAAAACCCUAAAAGAAUGACCAGGUUUGAGCAGGUUUUGUAAUUUGACGGUGUGGCACAUUCAUGCAUUGCUGCACCAAAUGUUUCUCAGUUCCCACAGGCAUACAGUAAUGGUAAAUGG